AUGAGCUUCAAGUCGGACGUCGUCUUCGAGGAAAUCAAGGAGAGAAUCCAAGUGGUCAGUGAUUGAUCGAUGCCACGUCAUCAUUCGAUAUUGUUGUUUUACAGGACAAGGAUCUUGUGAAGAAGGUCGGAACCUCGUUCCGCAUGACCAUCGCGGCCGCCGACGGGACCACCAAGGUCUGGACGAUCGACGCGAAGUCGGACACCCCGUACGUCGGAGACGAUGCCACGCGUCCGGUCGAGAUCGAGAUCAGCAUCAAGGACUCGGACUUUAUCAACAUUGCCGCCGGAAAACUGAAGCCAGAUCAGGUGAGCUGGGGUGAGUGAGACUGGAAGAGAGAAGAGCAGAUUUCAGGCGUUCAUGCAAGGGAAGAUGAAGCUGAAGGGGAACAUCGCCAAGGCCAUGAAGCUGCGCACCAUUCUGGACCCCAAGAUGCUCAAGGCCAAGCUCUAA